AUGGCAAGCAAAAUCUCCCCGUUGCUUCUCCAAAAUUUCGGCCGGUCCUCCCUCCGGCCAAGCCCUGCCCUUCGAAUUGCUCGUGCGGCUUUCUCGACUGAAGCCCCGCCCCCGCCACCGCUCCUCUCCAAGCUUAAAGAUGACCUUAAGGCAGCGAUGAGGGUGAAAGAUACCAACCGCCUCGCCGUUCUCCGCUCCGUUCUCGCGGCUACGGUCAAUGCCAGUAAGGCAGACAAACCCAUCAGCACGGACUCGCAGUUGGUUGGGGUGAUUCGAAAGUUAGCGCGGCAGUCACAAGAGGCUGCGAACGAGGCGCGUCAAGCGGGCAGGGAGGACUUGGUCGAAAAGGAGGAGGCACAACAGCAGAUCCUCGAAGCAUACGCUUCUGCGAGCGGCCUGAGGGAGAUUGGGGAAGCCGAGUUGAAACAGCUUAUUGAGUCUGCUAAAGCCAAGCUGUUGGCUGACGGCGUCAAAGAGAAGUCGAUACCAGGGCUAAUCGUUAAACAAUUCCUUGCUCCGGGUGGAACGCUGGACGGGGCAACAUUUGAUUCGAAGAAGGUGGUUAGUUCCAUCAUGGAAACCUGCGGGAGUAGGUAG